AUGUUGGGGAAAUGUGAGCUCUUCGUGGGACUCAUUUGUCUCGUUGGCGUUAAUUAUGGCUAUAUGGGAGCGAUGAUGGGACAAAUCACAACUUGUGAUGAUGGAAAAACUGGGAUUGAGAUCGAUUGGGAUCCGAACGAUUUCUCGGUCUUCACUUGCCCAAAUCGAAUCCGUUUCGCAAGACGAGAAGUCGAUCCGGUUCUUUUCGAAAUCCCGGAUUUUAACGCACGGACAGAUCAAGUUGGGCACAAAUGUGUGAACGAGAAAAUCGUCUACAAAGAGGUGCCGCCAUUGAGAGGUGAUCAUCGACCGAAUUGGCCUCGAUACGGCGAGUACUUGUAUGUACCACCGCAGCGGUGGUUGCAUAAUUUGGAGCAUGGCACGAUCGUUCUGCUCUACCAUCCGUGCACCGAUCUGGAGGAGUUGCAAAAGUUGCGACAUUUGGUGACGGGUUGCUUGUGGAGACACAUCGUCACUCCAUACAAUCGCCUCAGUGAACAACGGCCACUAGCCCUCGUGGCAUGGGGAGCGAAACUCGAGUUGAAUCUCGUUGAUGAAAGGAGCAUAGCGAUGGCUGUUGCGUUCAUUAGGAAACACGCCCGCGUCGCUCCGGAAGACAUCUCGAGAGACGGGAUCUAUGACCAUUAUCUGAUGGUGCCGGCGAGAAUUGUUAGCGACCAAGCUGACUCAAAGAUUUGCCCCGAUUUCCUCACUGUUUCCACCACCACCACUCCCCUAUCAAAUAACGCAACAAUUCACUUG